UUAAUAAUCAACACUGCUGACUGAGGGUGUAGUCAGGGAUGAAUUACAAUUACAACAAUAUCUAAAAAGUUAAAAAUAUAAAUAUAGCUCUAAAUAGAUCUGUAGAUCUAUUUGUUUGAUUUUUCGUUUGUGCAUUUUGAUUCGAUUUUGCACAUCAAAUUUAAAGGUUAACUUUGAAAAUGCUAGAGGUAGAGCAGUUGCAUUUUGAAGACGCUCUAGAAGACAGUCCGCACAGCCGUCAUCUGUUGCUAGUAUUUGAAAAAGAUGCAAUGAUGAUCAAGAAGUAUUCACAAAACAUGCAGAAUUGUUGCCAGCGAAUAAUGAGUGCUCAGAAUGAGCUCUGCAGUGCUACUCAAUCCCUGGCUCAACUGCUGCGGUCAUAUGAACAUCAGGAUUUUCCUCUAGAGUAUGGCGAUAGUGUUCUUGCAAUAACAUUGAGACAGUUUGCUACCUUCUUAGAUGAUAUUAGCUCAGUCCAUCAAGUAUUAGCUCAACAAUUUUCAGAAACAAUGAUCUAUCCCUUAAACAAAUUUUUGCAGGCUGACAUGGAAGAAAUAACCACAAUGCAUGAAAUGUACAAGAUAGCGUCUAAUGAACAUGAGCAGAGUAUAUCUAAGUACAUGAAACAAACGAUAAAAAAAGACGAUAAAGACAGAGUUGAAAUCAAUCGAGAAAUUCAUGCCAACAGAAAAAGAUUUCAUCAAACAGCUCUUCAUUACUACUCCUCCUUGAAUGCACUGCAGUUCAAGAAAAAAUGUUUCUUACUGGAGCCUAUCAUGGGCUUCCUUCAUGCCCAGAGGACCUGCUUUCAGAUGGGCCAAGACAUGAUGGUCAAAUCAGACAUUGAACAAUUUCUGGGAAACAUUGGCAGCAGUGUACAGGAAGUUCAUACAGAACUAGCUAAAGAAACCCAGAAGACUGUUGAAAUUAUUGAAACAAUAGAGAAACAGAGUCAGCACAAAUACUUUGCUGAACCACCCCCAGACAUGCCAUUCAUUCCACCCAACACUAAUCUGUCCAACAUAACGGGAUAUCUUUUCUGCCGAACAAAACAAGUAUUGCUGACUGCCAAAUGGGAACGGUUGUAUUUUUUUACUCAAGGGAAAUUUCUGAUGAGCCAACCUAAAGAAGAGGUUAUCAAAAACCCUGAAUUUGCUGGUAGUUUGGUUAUAGAUUUAUCAGAUGAAGGAAUUGUAGUCGAGUCUUGCCAGAUUGAUGACAGGAGGCAUACUUUUCAAAUAGUUUCUUCUAAGAAAACUGUCAUUCUCCAAGCGGAAAAUUAUAGAGAGAGAGAUGAGUGGAUAGCAACUUUGAACAACAUUAUACGUGAGCGUGAAUUCACAAAACUAGCACCAGCACCCAGCAAGAAGAAGGAUUCAUCAGGCCAAUCCACAGAAAAUAUUUCUGCUGCUUCUAACACUCAAACAGGUCCUAACCAGAGCACAGUAGCAAGUAUAUCCACCACUGCGUCCUCUGAGACAUUGAUCUUGGACACUCCAAUUCAGUUUGACUUGAUAUCUCCCAGUGAAGAAAACAGAGCCGUAAGCUCUCCUCAGUCAGGCCCUCCAAAAAGGGUCAAUCCAUUUGAUCAGGCAUCUUCUAUUGUGCUCAACCCAGCAUUUGAUAAUGCAGCCUUUUCUGAGACUUUCACAACAAGAUUUCUUGGUUCCAUGGAAGUGAAAGGAGACAGAGGAGAGCAGCUUGUACAUUCAACAAUCAGACAGAUUAUGGCUGCAAGAGCUAUACAUAAUGUUUUUAAAAUGACAGAGUCAUUGAUGGUAGUUUCAAGUGAAGGAAUGAGACUUAUUGAUCCUUCCAAUAAUAUAGUGAGGGUAGAGUUUGCGCUGCAAGACAUUUCCUUCUGGUCAGCUCACCCAGAUAACAACAGGUUGUUUGGUUUUAUAACACGUAAUCGCACCUUGGCUGCCCCAGGCUCAACUGAUGGGAAACCAUCUGAGGCUGACAAAAACCAGAAUGCUAGUCCAUCAUUUUCUUGCCAUGUCUUUGAAAGUAAUACCACAGCUGAGGAUAUUUGUCAGGCCAUAAGUACAGCUACAAAAGUUGCUUUCCAAGCAUUAAUGGAGAAAAGGAAAGGCCUAGCACCAACACCAGCAGCAGUAGCAGUAGUGCCUAAGCCUAAAGCUCAAAUCAAUGAGAAAAAUCUUCUCCUGAAGAAUAUCCAGAGUUUACCUUGUGACACUGACAACAAGAAGAACAAGUAUGGUAUAGACGAGGUGGACACCUCGUCUCUAGACAAUUGUGAUGAUGACAUCAGUUCUCGCCUUCCACUCAGUCCAGACGGCAAGUUUUUAAUUCUUACAGCCAUUGAUGAGCCUCCAUCCCCUCCAUUAGUCUCCCCUGUAUCGUCUAAAGCCGUUGAAGACUCAAAUAAAGCAGAUGAAGAAGAGGGUGAAUCAGAAGCAUAACAGAAAUUAGAACAAUUUGUUUCAGUUCUAAACACUGCUUUCAUUUAUUUAAUGUGAGUUUGGUUUUGGAUAAAGGUUUUAUAUUAUUUUAUUGAAAUGUUUUUCUCUGAAAAAAAAAGCCCACUUUCUUAUUUUUUUUAGAUAAACCAAUAUUUUUAUGAUGCUGAUAAAAUUCAUAUAAAAUAGGAAGAAAAAUGUAGCUCUGAUUAAAAAGCUGUUUUGCUAAAGGUUUAGCUUUGAAAAAAAUUUGAUACUGGAUUCAAAUUCAUGUAUUCUUUUUAAAUAAGAAUCUAGACAUAGCUUUUUUAAAAAUUUCGUAGUUGAUUAGACAGCUUUGUUCUGAUUGGGUUUUCUGGGUUAUUUGCUUCUUCCAAUAAUAGCUGUGUUUUGCUGUAUACAUAUUUAUGUAAAUGUUUUAGUAUUAUUUUGGACAUUUGUGUUUGUAGUUUAUAAUAGAGACUGUUCUGGUUAAUUGUGCAGUAUGUGUUCAAGAUUGUUAUGAUAAGUGAGCAAUUUUUUGUUAUAGAUUUGUUUAAAAAUUGAUAUCUUUGACAGGGUUUAGGAUUUAUUUCAUGCUGUAGUGUACAGGAAAUUUUUCAGUAAUUAUAAUGUUUUGUUUCUUGUAGAGUUUCAGAUGAUUUCUUGUUUUUACAUUUCUUUACCACUGUCUCACUUUCCUACAGAGUCAUUUCCUAUUCUCUGUUCACACUUUGAAUGUGCUUCAAAAGGGUGAAUAUGAACUUGGCACAAACUAUUAUUUAAAAUAAUAAUACAUUUGUUUUGUGUCAUUUUUAUGUCAAUACUAUUUGUAAAAAAAGAUAUUUAAUUAUUUAUAGUAGAAUAAUACUUGCUACAAUGUUUACAGAGCAUGAGAUGUCUCUUUCUUUUUACAAAAUUUGUAUGUUAAUAGCAUUAGGGUACCAUGCAUUAAUUAUGAUCAUGUGUAGGUUAUAAAUCUAUGUUUUAUGAAUGAUUGAUAUUGAUAAACAAUAAACAAUAAACAAUGACAAUAAUGCAUUUCACCUAAACCUUUCUGCAUUCACUGUAUUGUGUUUUUAGAUGAAUAUAGAGAUGUAUAUUCAUUGCGAUGCUUUUUAUAUUUCAUUUAGCCUUUUGAAAUAUGUAUUCCUAUUUUUGAUAUUUUAUUAAUAAUUUUUUUUUACAUCAAAUUUGUCAAAACAAAAGUGAUAAAUUUGAACAAACAUGAGUUUUAAAAAAAGUGUUUUAUCUUUAUAAUGAACAAAUGUUUAUUCUAUAUUUUUUUUGAUCAACUUUGAAAAGAAAUUUAAUUCCUGGGUAUCUAACCCGUUUUGUUGGUUUGAAAACUGUGCAAUGCUUACUGCUACUGUAGAAAGAGGCUAGUGAACCAUUUGUUAUUUUGUCCCUUUUUUUAUAUUUCCGAAAUCAUUCUGUGAUGUAAACAAACUUUCCUCAAUAAUUUAUUGUCAUUGUCUGCAUACUUUGAUCACUUAAUUGUUUAAAAAAGCUUUUUGUUAUAAAUUCAUAUUUGUUAAGAUUUUCAAAAUAAAAAAAAAAUACAAUGUCGUUUCAGUUUUUUUAAAUUGUAAAUUAUAUUUCAAUAAACUUCCCAAACUUUAAUAGACGAUUAAUUGCCUUAUAAUUGUUACUGCUGCAAUUAACAGGUAUAUUCUUACGUUUUACAUACAUUGCUUUUGUAAUUUAAUGCUUUUCUUUGUUUAAUUCUAGGCAUCAAUUUUUUUAAAGUUAGUGUAAAUACUGUAAGGUUAUACAUUAUUUUAAUACUCCUCAAUACAUAUGAAACAUGCACAAACACACAUUUUGUUUGUAGUUCUUGAAAACAUAAAUUCUGUAUGAUGACCAAGAUAUUCCUAUGAUUUAGUGUAAUGAUUAAAUAUUUAAAUGUAUAUAGACCUUGAGAAUGUUUGCCCAAUAACGUGCAUUGACCUUUGACAUUUAGUGACUCAUAGCCUCUUUUACCUAUACUUAUACAGAACUUAAAUAAUUUCCUAUUUAUUAAAAAAAAAAAAAUUCUGACUUUAUAAGAUGACAACAGUAUAAUUAUGAAUUAGUGAGUAAUGAUCAUCUCUUUAUCUAUUAGUAUGUGAUGAAUGUUUCUUAUACAAUAGUAGCACUAGAAGAGAAAUUUAAGUCAAGGUCUUUGUUUAAGGGAAAGACUUGUGCCGUUGUUAGUGUUGGGCCUGUUGAACUGCUAAUGAAGCAAGUGUGGCUGAGGUCUGGGUGGUUUGUGUAUCUUCAUGCUAUUAAUGCAGGACAUAGUUAACAGCAAUAAUUGAAGGAUUAUUUUUGGGGAAUCCUAAUGGUCAUGUGAGAAGUAAACCUUUCCUUAUGUUGUUGAAUUUCUGAGUUGAAAAGUGGGUGUGGGUUCAUGUCUUAACCAAGAGUUGGUGUAGCUUUGCCAUAUCUGAUUCCCCAGUUUUCUCUUGUUAAAAAUGUUGCUUUCUAGUGCUGCUAUAAUAUUUGUAACAUGUUUGCAUCAUUCAUUUAUUUCAGCACUAAGUUUCUCAUUGGUAUUUAUAUUUAUUAGAACAAGGAACAAGGAUUAAUUUGCAAACCUUUGGGAUAUCUCUAUAUCUGCCCCAUUUACAAACAUUUAUGCUAAUACAACAGAAGACAGAAUGUUUUUCUUUCCCUCUGAGGAAUUAACAUUUCUUAUGAAUUUUGUAUGGGCUUUGAUUUUAGUUAUAGUAAAGAAAGAAAAAGAUUAUAGGUUCAGGUUGAAUAUCAAUCUAUCUAUUGUCCCAAUGCUCCAAAGGGCAACAUGUCCAAUAUCUACAGAAGGAAGCAGGUCUUUCUGAUUUUAUACAUGUAUAUAUAAUCUAAUCCCUACAAUAAUGAAAUUAAACUGUUAUGAAAGGUGUUUUUUGCACUAACAUAGUAUUAUAUUCACAAUUAUUUGUAUAUAGUGAGUCCAGAAGUCAUUCAGGCAUAAUUUAUUCAAUACAAGUUGAUCCUUUGUAUAUCUGACCUUAAUGUGAUAUGUACACAGUAAGAUUAAAUCAGUUAUGUCAGAAUGAAAAGAAACUGAACAUUUUCUUAUGCCUGCCUAUUUUCUGUUGUAGUCUAUGCAUAUGUUUGAUUUCUUUUCGAAUGAGAAUACAGUAAUAUUGAUUAAACUUUUAGUUGACUUA